CCGAUGGAAGUCGACAGAUUCGAGGGGCGGCCACGUCCGAAGAAGAACACGCCCUACAAAUGGGAAUCGAAGCACCAGGAAGCCGUGGAGCAGCUGAAACAAGCACUCACGAUCGCCCCGGUACUCAUCUUGCCAGAUCCCGAACACGACUACGUAAUCGAAGCUGACGCCAGCGACCAGGCAGUGGGAGCAGUCUUAAUGCAAGACCAGGGGAAUGGACUGCAACUAAUCGCCUACCUCAGCAAGAAACUACAUGGAGCAGAACUAAACUACCCGAUACACGACAAAGAGGCCCUUGCCAUUGUCAUCGCUUUCAAAGCAUGGAGAUGUUAUCUCGAAGGACGGCGAACAACUGUCUACACCGACCACUGCAGCCUGAAAUACUUGAAGACACAACCCAAACUUUCCAGGCGGCAGGUCCGGUGGAUCGAUUUCCUCGAGACACACUUCCACUACGAUAUUGUGUACAAGCCCGGCCACAAAAACAAAGCAGACGCUCUCAGCCGGCCUGCGCACGUUGCCGCUAUUCAAAUUGAAGGGAUGAAUCCACUACUCAAGGGACUCUUCACACACGGAGCAGCAAGCAGAAAAAGGCGGGACUUCUGCAGCCUCUUCCUGUCCCAGAACAACCAUGGCAAGUGGUUAGCCUGGACUUCAUCACCGGGUUACCACCUACCACUAGUGGUCACGACGCAAUCCUUGUCGUCAUCGACAAGUUCUCCAAAAUGGGACACUUCAUCCCGACACACACGACGGCACGCACCGAGGAGACAGCACAACUCUUCGUUCGUCACAUCAUCUCACAGCAUGGCAUCCCAACGACACUCAUCUCCGACUGAGACCCCAAGUUCACCAGCAAGUUCUGGAAGGAACUUAUGUCUCUACUCGGGACCAAACUCGCCAUGUCAUCCGCUUACCAUCCGCAGACAGACGGACAAACCGAGCGCCUCAACCAAAUUGUUGAACAACUCCUCCGAGCAGCCUGCAAAGGCAAGAUAUCCAAAUGGGACCUGCACCUGCCCGUUCUGGAGUUUGCUUACAAAAACGCUACACAUGCCGCUACUGGACAGACGCUGUUCUUCCUCUGCUACGGACGCCACCCACUCACACCACAGAAACCGACCACAUCCGCUACAGUACAACCUGCACAUGAUUUCAUCACAACCAUGCAUCAGCUUUGGGAUCGGACCCACAAGCGCCUCCUCGACAUUCAGCAGCAACAAAAGCGCCAGGCCGAUCGCCAUCGCAACGACCACACCAUCACAGUGGGAGACCAGGUGCUUCUUGACACCCGCAACCUGGACAUCAGCCACCUCCCGUCUAAACUGCGACCUCGCUUCUGCGGGCCUUUUCUCGUCGAAGCACAGGUUACUCCUGUUACCUUCCGCUUGCGUCUGCCAGCCACCUGGAAGAUUCACAACGCCUUCCAUGUCCAACUUCUGAAGCCCUAUCGGGAUCCGAACACGAUCUUC